AUGGUGUUGCUCGUGGCUCAAGGUCAGUUCCGGAUGCUGAAGGUUCCUCUGGGCUUCAUUAAGGCCUUACAAUGGUUCUUCUCCAUCUUUGCCUUCUCCACCUGUGGAAGUUACUCCGGGAUGUUCCGCAUGGCGGUCGAGUGCAAGAACCGCACAGAGAGCGACCUGAGCAUCCAGGUGGACUUUGAGUAUCCCUUCAGGCUCCACCAGGUGUACUUCGACGCCCCCACCUGUCAGGACCAGAACAGCGAGCGCCUCUUCCUCGUGGGCGACUACUCUUCCUCGGCGGAGUUCUUCGUCACCGUCGGCGUCUUCGCCUUCCUCUACUCCACGGCGGCUCUGGGCGUCUACGUCUUCUUCUACGACAAGUACAAGGAGAACAACAAGGGCCCUCUGAUCGACCUGGGGGUCACCGCCGUGUUCUCCUUCAUGUGGCUGGUGAGCUCGGCGGCGUGGGCCAAGGGGCUGUCUGAUGUGAAGACCGCCACAGACCCGGACCGGGUCACCACGCUGAUCUCGGCCUGCGGCGCCGACGGGGCGAUCUGCCGCGAGGUCCACGACCCGGUGAUGUCCGGACUCAACACCUCCGUGGCCUUCGGCUUCAUCAACCUCAUCCUGUGGGGGGGCAACCUGUGGUUCGUGUUCAAGGAGACGGGCGUCGUCGCCCCCUUCAUGCGGGCUCCGCCUCCUCAGGAGAAGCCCGCCGCGCCGGAGGCUUCCGGCCAGCAGGGGGCGUACGAACAAGACCCGUACGCCGGCAACCAGGGCGGCUACCAGCCUGAGUACAGCCAGCAGGGGUACCACCAGGAGGCGGAGUUCGGGCAGGCGGCGCCGGCCUCCUUCUCCAACCAGAUGUGAGCAGACAGGAAGCGGGGAACGCUGGAGGAAAUCACCUCGCCUGCACCCUACCCACAAUGCAACACUCCUGUCUGCAGAGUGAUGUCCUUUGAUGCGUUAUUCAUAUUAAAGAACAGAAUGUGUU